CCUGAGCAGAAGGCACAUUUGGACGAGGCCUUGGACAUGACUCUGUUCAUUUGUGUCCUACUUUUGUCAAUUUGGGCAACAAAUUGUUUAAAUAUAAGCACAAGUAAUGGAUCUUCUACUGCACGAGUUAGGCCUCUUAACUCCACGAAGGAAGAAAAAGUAGAAAAUUGUAGGAAGCCUUUACUCAAAGUCCUGCAUGGUCUUAUGAUGACAGCAUUUUUUGCUAUCCAUUUCUGCCUUAUCCAUUAUAAUUGCAUGAUUAAACCCAUCGAACAAAAACCGGUCAAAAAGGAAGGUGUAGAAGCCAAAUUAUGCUGGCCAGCUAUACUACCACUCAGCAAAUCCAAGACAAAAGAUUUGUGCCGUCCAGAAAAACAAACCUUGCUGCCUAAUGUAGAUGAUUUAUCUAGGCCUGCAAAUCCAGAAAUGUCACCCAUACCACCCAAUGCAGAAAAGUUAGUCAGACAAUCAAGUUCCAAAAAGUCAUCCAAGCCAAGCCUCAUAGACUUACUCAAAUCAUUUUACUUGGAAGAGUUACAUAGGAUAUACCUUCAAAAGACACACAAGAAGACACAUAAGCUAGCUGCACAAGUCAGUUCACCCUCUUCAGCUAAGCCAGCCAAGGUACCUUCGCAGGCUAGUCUACAGUCUCUAGGAAGGCCAGCUGAGUCACCUUAUCCUGAAAAUCAAAUCUUGGUCAAUAAUAUUUCUGAGGAAAAAGAUGAUGAUAUUCAGGUGGCUGGGUACCUUCCUGUUUCAAAUGAAAUGAUGUCUUUUGCCAGGUCCUUUCAUAAGGUAGAUUCCCAGGACCAUGAAUACUUUGCUAUUGUGAGUGACAAUUAUAAGGUUGAUGACAGUGAUGAAGACAGUGAUACAGAGAUAACCAUUAUUUGUAACAUCAUGAGCAAUGAUUUACUCCCUAAAGGCACCCCAAAUAACUAAGGGCUCAGUAAAAAUAAAAAUAAAAUCCAACUAUAAAGGAGUAAAUUUAUACCAACUAUUUUAUCCUUGCCAUCACCGAAAACUAAUAGAAAAUCUAAUUCUGAUAACUAUCAAGAUUGGACCUAUGCAUCUUUGAGGCAAUUUAUGUUUAAAAUCUCCAUUAAAUGCCUGAU